UCUUUGCUCAUGGGUCCCGCGCCAGGAGCUCGGCAUUGUGGCCCGGUCUACUAUCCGCUUGUUCUUGGAAACGGCGUCAGAGAGCAGCUGAGAGAGGCUUAACAUUUCAAACGUCUGGCGGUAGGCUGCAAAGUUUCCACCCUGAAAACACUGUCAUGUAGCAGCAGCAGCAGACUGGAGCAGGACACCACACCUCAUAGUCAUAGAUGUCCUCUCAGCUGGAAGGAGGCCUGCAGCAGGAGACCACAGCAAAAUCUGAAGUACUCAAAUCUAAAGAAGUCGUUGACGUGACAAGUCCUGACGGAUGCGCCGGGCAGCACGGCUGCCCAGGGGACAGAGAAGAGAAUAAAGUGGCCCUGUCCCCAGAGCACCAGCUGCAGAAACCACGCAAGAUGACUCGGAGCCCCAAAUGCGCCCGCUGCCGGAACCACGGCGUCGUUUCGUGUUUGAAAGGCCACAAACGCUUCUGCCGCUGGAGGGACUGUCGCUGCGCCUGCUGCCUGCUGGUGGUGGAGCGGCAGCGCGUAAUGGCAGCGCAGGUCGCGCUAAGGCGACAGCAAGCUGCGGAGGUGAGGAGGGCGCAGGGGCAGGGUAAGAGGGGGGUCAGGUGUGCAGCUCCGUUGCGGAGGACGGCGUAUCAGCGUUACAGCAGAGCAGCCGAGCCAAGCGUCCUAGCUAAGAGCAUCCUGCAGGGGCUGAAACCGGUUGGGCCUCUGGAGGAAGACACCUCCUACUGGUCUAAGCAGGCACAGUGCGAUCAAACACACUUGACAUGCCCAUCCAUCAGCGCCCGGAUGAGAAAGAGGCGAGCCUUCGCAGACAAGGAGCUGGAAAACGUGAUGCUGGAGCGAGAGCUUAGACAGAGAGAGCUGCAGAGUGACCUUUCCUUCUCCUCAGCCCUCGUCCCUGUGCUUCAUUCUCCUCCCAUGCCCAUCUCCCCUAGCCUCCACUGCUGCCCUCUCAACAAGGACCCCACUGCUUCAGAGACAUCCAGCUAUGUGCCUGUGUAUAAAUAUAAGCCUCUGUAUGACUGUGACUUCCAUUUCUAUCAGUUCUUCCACCUAAAGAGCAGAUCUUCCUCAGAAGGUGACUAUAAUGACUUUUUAUGCCAAAGCUCAGAGCAAGCCAGGGGGGAUGAGGAGGUGCAGACUGGAUGGAAAAUCUGCGAGAGGAAAGACCGACCAGAGCUGAUGCCAUCACAACAAGGACUCAAAAAGCAUGGCAACACAGGUCUCUCUGGUCUAGAACUUGUCAAAUCCCCCUCAAAAGCAACAGACAUAACGGACUCGUACAGCUCUUCAACCAUCACACACUCUGUUUUUAGAUCAGAUCCGGGUAUGCUGGUUUCACCAGGCGUCAUUACAACCAGCAGGACUUUUGAUCCCAGACCUCUAACAGCUAAGGGCUGGAGCGCAGACACUCCUGCCACACAGGCAGGUCCUCAUGCUGACUCUGUCAAGAGCCCUCAUGGCAGCUCAGUCAGGACUCCCACUGUGAGGCCAUUACCUUUCUCUGUAGAGGCUCUGCUGAGGGCCUGACAGGCAAAUGGAAAGAGGCAUAGAGCACUUUGUUUAUGUGUGGACCAAGAAUUGAUGCCGAGGGUAUAAAUAUAAAAAUGGCUAGUUGUAUUACAAGUUGUGAAACACUUUUCUUGACAAGAGCCGGUUGCUAUAAAGUGGUGAACAGUGAAAUAUUUAAAAACAAUUUUCCAGUUUGUAUUUUUUUCUUAUUUUUCAUCAAAAUGUAUUUUACUACAUUUUAACUAUCAUUAUAACAAUAACAAUUAAAGAUAUAUAUGUACUUCGA